UAAGGCUGCGUGUUGUAUGGUGCACUGUUGAAUUCUAGUCAAGCAUAUAUGAAAUAAAAAAUUACGGAGAGCGAUUACUGCAGCGCAACAUCAUGAUGGUAGAGUAUUUUUGAUUACACAAAUAAACAAUUUUUCGAAGGGACAAAAUGGACAGAAGGGUGACUAGUGAUUUUCCUUCUCCAUAUGGAUUAUCAAUAGCAGAAGGGCAAAAUCCUGAUAUCCCUCCACCUGAGAUCGAUGAAUGUGCAAAUUUAUCAGCAUUUUCCACCACACAUACAGAACGUCCACAAACACAGGAAGAAAUCGAUUUACAAUUAAAAAAAGAUAAAGAAAAUAUUUACAAUCAUCCACUAUUUCCACUCCUCGUACGCGUAUUUGAGAAGUGCGAACGAGCUACUCUUCUCAGUCGUAAUCCGGACAAACUGGACAAUUCAAAUGAAAUUUGUACCUCUCAGUCAUUUUCUGAUGACAUAGAAGCUUUUUCAAAACAGCAUCGUGCGGACAAACCAAUUUUCACAACAAACACUGAGAUGGACAACCUGCUCAUUCAAGCAAUACAAGUUCUAAGAUUUCAUUUACUCGAGAUUGAAAAGGUGCACGAACUUUGCGAUAAUUUCUGCAAGCGAUACAUCGAUUGCUUGAAAGGAAAAAUGCCUCUUGAUCUGAUCAUCGAAGAUGGCGAAAAAAGAGAUAUAAAAAUUGAAAAAAUGGACGAAAACGAGGAUGAAGUGACUACACCAAAAUCAAUUUCUUCACCAACGCCUCAAGCAUCAACAUGGUCAUCAGUUGAACUAUCAUCGUGUUCAGUUGGCAACACACCUAAAACUGUCUCUGUUAGUCAAACAACAGCUAUAUCAUCAAAUCAUCACUCGGAAAGUUCGAGCUGUACUCAAUUAGAUUCAGGACCUCCUAGCGGAGCUUCUUCAGAUAAUAUGCCAGAAUCAGAAAAUGAUCCUAUAUUCAAAGAUGAAGAAGACGAGAAAGUUAAAACGAAAACUGGAGUUAAGAAAAGAGGUAUUUUUCCCAAAAUGGCGACAAAUAUAAUGAAAGCUUGGUUAUUUCAACAUCUCACGCAUCCUUAUCCUUCGGAAGAACAAAAACGGGGAUUAGCCAAUGAGACUGGACUUACUAUCCUUCAAGUCAAUAAUUGGUUCAUAAAUGCAAGGAGAAGAAUAGUACAGCCCAUGAUAGAUGCUUCAAAUCGAGCUGGAAAAUCACCAGUCGUCACAGUGUAUAAACGAAAACGUAAAAAUUCCGGUUCCGAAAGUAUAUCACCGGGACCAUAUACUUAUCCACCGAUGCCCGGUCACUACACGCCACCUUAUAUGCCAGAACAUUAUCAGCCAAUGUAUCCGCCCUAUCACAACGAUGUCGCCCUUCCACCGCCACCUCCACCUCAAUAUAGUCCGUAUGGUUGUCGUUCCGACCAACAUCCAAUGACACAGUUACCAUCAACAAGUUGUUCGCAGAUGCGCCCCCACCCUACUUAUGGCGGGUAUCGUCCAGCGCCCUCUCCAACGCCACAAUCAUAUUUCGGACAUUCACAUACUACGCCAAUGAUGCCAUCACCGGGCUCGAACUUACACGGUUAUCAUCAAUCACAUCCUUCGUCACUAACGCCCUACGCCCCACCGGCACCCCACCCUUAUCAACCUCACGAUAACUUACAACACGGGGUGAUGGACAUGCAUAGUUCUUAAAGUUGUUUUAAACACGUGGUAAAUUGUUUUUACGCCAUAUAAUGGUAUAUACGUGACACUUGAGUGAUUCUCUCUCGUUUGUGUGCGACGUACCAUUUAACCAUGUUAUUAUUAGAAUUUAACAAACCCGUAUGUUCUGUAUCCAAACAAGACAUAAACAAGCUGUGAAAUCGCUGUGAAACGCAAUUCCUAUUUGUUUUACAAUAAGCUUUCUCGUUAGAAGUUUCGGCAUGUUUACUCAAGUCACGCUCUUUAUUCCCAUGUCCCAGUUUUAGAAUUGAAUUUUAUACGUCAGUAGAAUUUAAUUUAUUUAUUGCUUUAUAUAACGUGUAGCUCAAUGAAAAAUUAAAUUUCAAUUCCUUGGAUUCACGUCUGUCAUUUUAAUGUCACGUGAUCUUCGUAGGCUACGUUUUUAUUUCAAAUUUUAAAUGAAAUAAAAAGUAAGAAAAUGUAGAGCAGUACAUUGUAUAGAGUUGACGCAGCCUCGUUUUCAAGUUGUAUUUGAAUUAUGUGAGAACGAGGCUCUAUUGUAAUUUGUUGAAAAUGUAUAUACUAGCUCGUGCAUUUAUCUGAUUGGAUAAUUGUAUUACUUGUUUUUCUCGUACAUUUUUUAGGAGAUAAUUUAUUUUUUAACAACGUUUAUUGAACUAACCAAUAGUAAUAUUAGUUAAUUUGCCGUGACCGAGAGAAAUAUUUAUGACGAUGAAAAUA